GAUGACGUAAGGAGCGUGCAGCCUCCGGUAAAGCUGGCGAAUCGAACAAACGUAGUGAGCUUAUGUGUCUGCUGUUUGAGUCGCCCACUGGUUUUGCAAUUUUCAGAUUUUUACUUUCGCCUACCUAAUGCUAAGAAGAAAAUCUGGGCAGAGUUUGCUAAAGCGGAGCCAACAACUUGUGCUGUAAUUCCGAAGCAAUUUCUAACUUUUAAGGACAAAGCCAGCGCCAUUAAUGCUACUGGUGUUAGCGAAGAGCUUUCUGGUAUGAUCAGGCAGUGGUUGCUUCCUGAGAUGAAAUUGGCUGUUGGAAAACCUGAAUAUAAAAUGAUAAUUGAAUCAGACUUGAAAAUAACCUGCGUCCACAAUGAGAUUGUGAUGGAGUUAAUGUGGGGCAUACAACAUCUCAUGCACAAGUUUGUGCCUGAAGAAAAAGCAGAGGUGGCAAAAGAGGACCGCCUCCCCAUGAGUCAAGGACUAAAAAUGUUCUUGAGACGUUAUGGAUUUGAUGUCAAACCAGAGAUGGUCAAUGAUCAGAUCGUUGAGACAGCAGGUGACCUGUUUGAGUGUGAUGCUGUCGAAAAGUUAUUUUCAUCUUACUUGCGCGAUGUUAGUCUGUGCCUUAAGGAUACAUCUGGCAUUAAUUGUGAGAAUUGGGGCAAUCUGAAGCUCGCAACAGCUCUGAUAGUGAUAUUUGGCCCUGAAGAAGACGACAAUGAUUUUCGUAAGGUGCUUUCAGAAGAUGAGGUAUCAAAGUUGAUGGAUGAUGCACGUAAAUAUUAUGGUGUUCUGUCGAUGGCCCUUAGCUUGAGAACCUACAAGAAGAUUCGGUCUGCCUAUCGAGUUAGGAAUGAAAAAAAAAUAUUGUUGGAGUCCUUAAUUAAGAAAGCUAAGGAAGCGUUUGAAGCAGAACAAGCCCAAGUGUGUGAGAAGGGUAAGGUGCAUGGAGAGUCAGAGCAAACUCCUCAAGAGCAUGUGAUCUUUGCAUCUAAGCCACCUUAUGUGUAUGAGCAUCCUCUGCCGAAGGGUCUCAAGAGAUCCUGGAAUUCUGCUUUUGAGCCAAAUGUGCUCAAUAAGUCUACCUUUUGUGAAAGCUUAUCACUUGGUGUCUUGGUGAGACUGGGAGCAGGAGGAUUGCAAGUAUUUCUGAAGCCCAGCCUUCAACUUCCAAAGCCAUUGUGCCAUAUAAGCCUUUUCCUCAUGCUGUGCUGCUGAAUCAGAACAUUGAUGUUGAUAAUCUUGUGGGCAUUUCUGCAGUGCCUCCUCCUUUGACUGAAUCUGUAGAGCAAGUUGAAGUUCUUGGUUAUGGGCAAGGAUGAAGAACUAGUUUUAGCUGAGUGUUUCAGAGCAGAAUGUGGUUAAUAUUACAGAGAAUGAAUCAAGCAAAGUGAUCAAGCGCAGUCCAAGGCUGAAAAGCAAAGUGAUCAGGCGCAGUCCAAACCUGAAAAGCAAAGUGAUCAGGCGGAGUCCAAGGCUGAAAAGCAAAGUGAUCAGGUGCAGUCCAAGGCUGAAAAGGGACAGUAGCUAUCAGCAUGUUAAGCUUGAGGAUACUCCUAGACGCAAGAAGAUUCUUGCACCCUAAUUAUCUUUCGUUGUCACUGGAUAACUGAAGGUGAAGAAGUCCCGAUGCCCCCUGGUCUUAUGGCAAUGGACAUUUUGAAAUGCUGGGGACUGAAUGCAAUGUGGAGGAUGUGGAGCAGCAGUUCAUGAAAGGUUGUCAGAUCAUGGUGAUUCAAGCAAAGAGCAUGAUGAAUCAAGCAAAGAAUAUGGAGGGUUGUCAGAGCGUUGCUAAAAUCUUUUGGGUUUUAUGAUCAGAUUGUUGUUAUUUUACCUGCAAUGCUGUUCUGUCCCCUCCUAGGACCUUAUUCUAACAGUCCACGUUAUUAAAAAGCAUCUAUA